CAUCAUAUGAGACAAACCAGGAAGCAAGUUUGUUACCGUUGAGUUCUCACUGAGAAGAGACGCACUGACAGACGGAUGACACAAAAUGGCUUCCAGAUCAGAGGAGGAUCACUGCUGUCCGGUGUGCCACGAUGUCUUUAGAGACCCUGUUGUUCUGUCAUGUAGCCACAGCUUCUGUCAAGACUGUCUGAAGACCUGGUGGAGAGAGAAACCAACACGCGAGUGUCCAGUUUGUAAGAGACGAUCUUCAACGGCAAACCCACCAGUUAGUCUGGUGUUAAAGAACCUGUGUGAGGCCUUCUUACAGGAGAGAGACCAGAGAUCUUCAGAGGCUCUCUGCAGUCUGCACUCUGAGAAACUCAAGCUCUUCUGUCUGAGCCACCAGCAGCUGGUGUGUCUCGUCUGCAGAGACUCAGAAAAGCACGCCAACCACAGAUUCAGCCCAAUCGACGAAGCUGCGCGACAGCACAAGAAGAAACUUCAGGACGCCCUGAAGCCGUUGAAGAAGAAGUUAGAGGCUUUUGAACGAGUUCAAGUGAAGUUUAAUUGCACAGCGGAGCACAUUAGGGUCCAGGCCCGACACACAGAGAGGCAGAUUAAGGAGCAGUUUAAGAAGCUUCGCCAGUUUCUACAAGAGGAAGAGGAUGCCAGGAUGGCUGCACUGUGGGAGGAAGAGGAGCAGAAGAGUCAGGUGAUGAUGGAGAAGAUGGAGGCUCUGAGCAGAGAGAUAGCAGCUCUUUCACACACGGUCAGAGUCACAGAGGAGAAGCUGAGAGCUGAGGAGGUCUCAUUCCUGCAGGACUACAAGGCUGCAGUGGAACGAGUCCAGCAGCGCCCCCUGCUGGAGGAUCCACGGCUGGGCUCAAGAGCGCUGAUACACGAGGCCAAACACCUGGGCAACCUGGCCUUUAACAUCUGGAACAAGAUGAAGGAUUUGGUCUCCUACUCUCCUGUGAUUCUGGACCCAAACACUGCAAAUGUAGAACUCAUUCUGUCUGAAGAUCUGAGCAGCGCGGGAGGAGGUGAGGAGCAGAAGCUCCCCGAUAACCCCGAGAGGUUCGAUGAUUAUUACAUCGUCCAAGGCUACAAGGGCUUUAACUCGGGGACUCACUGCUGGGAUGUCGAGGUUGGAGACAAUACAUUCUGGUCACUGGGUGUGUUAGCGGAGUCUUUCCAGGGGAAGGCAGCCGUACAGUCUGGAUUAUGGGAAAUGCGGUUCCAUAAAGGUGAAUACUCAGCGCGGUCGCUACCGGCAACAGCCACUGAUCUCAGAGUGCAGAAGAAGCUCCAGAGGAUCAGAGUGAAGCUGGACCUGAACAGAGGAAAGCUGUCGUUCUCUGAUCCCGACACUACCACACAGCUACACACCUUCAAACACACUUUCACUGAGAGGCUGUUUCCAUACAUUAGCACUGUGGAUACAGUCCCACUGAAGAUAUUACCACUGGAGGUCUGUGUGACCAAACAACAACAGGUCUGACGUUUUGAAGGCGAUGAUGAUAAUAAUAGUAUUCUUCUUAAAAGUUCAAAUGUGUCCAUUUAUUUAUGCAGAUGUAUACAUGUGUGAGCAAAUUUCUGGAAUGAAUGAUAAAAUAUGUUCAAACUAUGGCUGUCAAUCGAUUAAAAUAUUUAAUUGCAAUUAAUCGCAUGAUUGUCCUUGAUUAACCACGAUUUAUCGCAAAUUAAUCACACAUUCGUUUCUAUUUUUUUCUGUGCAAAAU